UAGUAUAAUUUAUACUCAUUUGCAAUUCUGAACCCCCAAAAGAAAAAAGAGAGAAAAAUCAAAGAAAAAUUAUGGAAGAGACAAUAAUUCCAUUGGUUGAUUUUGAAAAAAUUUCAGAGGAAUUGGAGUGCAAGAAACUAAGAGAAGCAUGUGAAAAAUGGGGUUGUUUUAGGAUCAUUAACCAUUCUAUUCCUUUGAAUCUUAUGGCUGAGAUGAAAAUGGUUGUUGAAGCUCUUCUUGACCUUCCUAUGGAGAUUAAGAAAAAUAACAAAGAUGUUAUUGCUGGGAGUGGUUACAUGGCACCAAGUGUUGUUAAUCCUUUUUAUGAAGCUUUAGGUCUUUAUGACUUGGGUUCUUCACAUGCUUUGCAAGAAUUUUGCUCUCAAUUGAAUGUCACACCCCAUCAGAGGGAAAUAAUGGAGGCAUAUGGCAAAGCAAUUCAUGAUUUGGCAGUAAAAAUAGGAGUGAAGAUGGCUGAAUCACUAGGCAUAAUGGAUGCUGAUUUUGAGGAAUGGCCAUGCCAAUUUAGAAUCAACAAAUAUAACUUCACUCCAGAAGCUGUAGGAUCUCUUGGAGUUCAAUUGCACACAGAUUCAGGGUUCCUAACAAUUCUUCAAGAUGAUGAAAAUGUUGGUGGUCUUGAAGUGAUGAACAAUUCUGGCUCAUUUGUUUCAGUCCCUCCAUUUCAUGGAACCCUCCUAGCCAAUCUUGGAGAUAUUGCUCAAGUAUGGAGCAACGGAAGGUUUUGCAAUGUGAAGCACCGUGUACAAUGCAACGAAGCUACUACACGGUUUUCAAUUGCGACAUUUAUGUUAGGACCUCGAGAGGGAAAUGUUGAGGCUCCAGCAGAGGCGGUGGACCAUGAUCACCCGCGUCUAUAUCAACCUUUUAUUUAUGAUGAUUAUAGAAAGCUCAGAGUUUCCAAGAAAAUGUCCACAGGUGAAGCGCUUGAGCUAUUACGCUUGGCCUAAUGAUUUGAGAAAAUCAGGACUUGAUCGUUUGCCGUCAAAUUUACGGUGCAGUCAGAUGUAGAUGAUCUAUUUUGUAAAAUUAGUGAGGAUUCUGGAUGUAUUGAAUGAAUGUAAUGGUAGUGUAACAAUUAAUUUGGGUGUGAUUUGAUAUCUCCUCAAAAAUAUUUUAUAUGAUUUAAUAAUAUGUUGUUAAUUUAUUUAAUGAGUUUAAUACUAAAAAAUAUGUGAUAUAAGACAUGCGUAAGUGUAAUAUUAUUUUUGGUACGUAGUAUGCAAGUGUAAAAUUUGUGUA